CAUCUGUGCGCGGGCACGCCGCGGGAGCGCGCAGAGCUCAUCAUGUCCUCCAGGUGGAUCUCCCUGUAGUCUCUCCCCACAAUCAGACGUGAUCAAAUCAUCUUCAUCACCAUCUUCAUCUGUUCUUCUGUGCGCGCGCCCGUGUGUGUGUGUGCGUGAUGCGCGUGCUGGUGUUCUGGUCGGCGGCGUGCGUGUUCUUCGCUGCAGUGAGGUGCGUCCCUCUGCUGGAAGAGAAGAGCGUGGACUGUUCUUCUGAUGGGGUCAGUAGUGCUGAUGGACAGACGGUGGGCUGUGAGCGACGAGAGACCGAUGAAGCUCAAGAGAGACAUGAGGGUCUUCUGAGAGAGCUGCAGGAGCUGGCUCAACACGAGAAAGACAGAGAGCGUGAAGACACCCGUGAAAGAGACGACUACGAGCUCAACGACACGUGGGAGGAGGAUGAGGAUGAGGAUGAGGAUGAGGAAGACGAGGGAGCGAUGAAGGAGCAGAAUGAGCGAGACCUGGAUGAGCUUCUGCAGGAGGAGAUCCAGAAGACGGAGGUCCAGAGGAGACAAGACGAGGAGCUGGAGGAGCUGCUGAAGGAGCUGAAGAGGAAACAACAGGAGAAGAAACGCAGGAGGAACCAGGAGGAGGAAGAGGAGAAGAGGAAGAGCGAGCUGGAGCUGAUGGUGGAGAAGGAGAAGGUGGAGAAGGAGCUGAAGGAGCUGCUGGAGGAGCAGAAGAACGACACCAAGAGCUGGAACAAAGAGAAGGAGAAGGAGGAGAAACAGGAGGAGCUGCAGGAGCUGAUGAAGAAGAUGAAGGAGGAGAAGAAAGAGGAGAAGAGGGAGAUGGAGAACGCCAGCGAUGAGGCCACGAGACAGUUCGAGAGAGAGAGAGACGAGGACGAGGACGAGGAGGAGGAGGAGGAGGAUGAAGAUGAGGAGCUGCUGGAGAUCGAAGCUGAACUGAGGAAAGUGGCAGCGCAACUACAUCAGCUACGCAGGGGUUAAACACACACACACACACACACACACACAAUCAGAUAAAACACUGAAAUAAGACAUCAUUUAGUCCAUUUAUGAAGGUAUAUAUUCAUAAGCUCAUAGACUUAGUUCAUUCAUCACGCUUCACUUUCCUGCUGCAUAUGUGUUUAGUGCACAGUCACGCUAGCCACGCCCCCUACACCACUCCCCGCCUCCUCAUUUGAAUAUUUUAGCAUACAUAUCUGUAUUGUAAUGCAAUACUUUCUUGAGUGGUACGACUAAUAUAAUGAGACACAUAUGAUGAAGUAUUAUUGCGAUUUGUGCUCUUGACUGUUACUGUAAAUCUGAAUCAUUCUGCUGUGUGUGAACAUGGCUAAAACUGUUCUGGGGUCAGAACGCCAGCCGCUGAGUGUGUGUGUUUGUGUGUGAGUGUUUGUGUGAGUGUUUGUGUGUGUGUGUGUGUGUGUGUGUGUGUGUGUGUUUGUGUGUGUGUGUGUGUGUGUGUGUGUGUGUGUUGGACAGGAAACGCUGGCGUUCUUUCCCUGCAUGUUGCACUUUCCUGAAAGCAGCCAAUGAGAGCAGGUCUGGUGACAGACUCCGCCCACACACACAUUGUUGUCAUUGAGUUUUAAUAGAUCUGAAAGUAAAACCAGCAAUAAGAGACAGAUGAGCUGAUCAAUACACGACUGUUGACCGCAGAAUGAAUCUCAUAUUUAUUAUGAAUGUAAAUGCAGAUUAGCGGAACAUAUAACGGCGUUCCAGUCGAGAGAAUAGUUCUGUGUUUGGUUUAAUAAAGAUCUGUUGACUGAAA